GCUUAUUUCGAAUUCAAAACCAAACAGUCCAAACUGCUGUCGACGCUCAGUGCCUCACGUCACGUUAUCGGUGUGAGGCAAUUUUAUAGAAUAUUAAUUCAUGUCUUAGAUACACGAGCAAAAGCUGACCAAGAACUAAUACUUGGCUCUUUUUAAAACACAGUAAAAAUGACUGGAAGAUAUCCUGGCAGUGUAAGGGGCAACCCUAGGCUUACACCACUGAUGAUGAGCAGUUUCUCGAGACUUCAUGAGAGUUCUCUUAAUCGGACAGCAGAUUCUGGCUACCAGUCCAGCUUUGCCUCAUUAACCAACUCCUUCACUCCAUCGUCAGAUGUCUCAGAUUUGUCAUCACGCCUUUAUUGCAGCACUCCAGUCACCGAAGACUCAAUUUUACCCUACACAACAAGCAAUUUAGACCCAGUGCUAGAUACUCCUGUUCAAUCAGUUUCGUCAAGCAGGGCAAGUUUCACAGAAGAUCGGGUUCCUCUCAACAGGGGGACAACUGCCCUUGAUCAAGAUUCCACCGAGUGUCCAAAUGACGUUCUGAGUUGCUUGAUCAGAAGUCGCUGUACACCCUCCAUCCAAAGGAUCCUGAUGUACCUUGGAGAUGAAGAUCUCAUGAGGCUCUGUCAAGUUUCAGAUGAAUAUUGUGGAGCUGUAUGUGAUGAUCAAUCUUGCCUCAAACGGCUGUCGAAAUUUCUCAUUUCCACCCAGCAAAACGGUGAGAAUCGAACGACGUUGAGCCACAACAACGACGGCCGGCCUUAUGGAGGAGUCCUCCGCCCCAUUCAAAAUGUGAUGCCUCUAACGCAGAGUGGAGUCGUCUGGACGGUCCCGUCUCCAUUGGAAAGCGUCGACAUGAACAGCAUUCCUCGCCAGCUUCAGACACUGAUUGGUAUGACCAGGACAUUGUCUGAACAUCAUUGCGUCACAAAUUGUCACACUUGCCGUAGCCUCAUCGCCGUCCGGCUCCAUCAUCCCAAAUUGGUGGAAUGUCAACGCUGUUCUCAACGUUCCGGGCGUAAAAUCGGAAGUAGUCGGCCCGUUACGAAAGCGAAACUGUUUGCAACUCACAGAUGAGAAAUUGCUCCUCUUAAAAAUGUUUUUAUUUUUGUUUAUUCUCCUUCAUUCUUGUCUGUCCUAUUUUUUCAAUUUAUUUGAGCGCCCGAAUCGCACACGGCCCGGUCUUUUCUUUUUAAGGAAAAUACUCUUUUUGUACAUUGGUUUUUACAUUGCAAAUUAUUUUCUUAUUGUGUCCUCUUUUGUUUAUACUAUAUUUAAUUUCUAUUUCGGUUUGGUAUCAAACUUCAGAGAGCGUGAUUUUAUCUGUCAUGAAAAAAAUUUCUUUCCUUUUUAUCAAUUGCUCAAUCGCCAUUUUGCUCAUCCGAAACUGCCUUUUUAAAAACUUUGCAAAGAAGACCAACAACCUUCUCAUUCCAACAGAAAUUGGCAUUUCUCUUUCGUGCCUUGGCGCUACUCUUUUCAAACAAAUUUACCGAACAACUUUCUUUGGAAACAUAAUAAUGCUCUCCCUCUUUAAAGUAUGUGUCUAUACUCAUGUGUUGAUGCCAAAUAUAAUAAUCGUGAAUAAAUACAGAAUGCCAUAUUAUGAUGGGAAACACGA